AUGACAUACGUCAAUGUAGAUUCCGCUCAGUAUUCUGGUAUGAAUGCUCCUUCAGCUCCAUUUCAGUCGAACAUGCCAACAAAUUAUAAUCGUGCACCUUCUAAUAUAAUGGCAACACCCGAAGAACGUAUGCGAAAGUUUGCUGAAAUAGCAGCUCAAUAUGAAAUAAGUCAUGACUUUGCAUCUCGUUUACGACAGCUUGAAGGUUAUGAAAUUGUCUUUCUCUGUGAUGAUUCAGGAUCGAUGGGAACUGCUGUUGGAGCUAGUUCCGAUGCUUUUGGAGUACGUUCCACUCGUUGGGAUGAAUUAAAACAAAUUGUUACUAUUACUGUUGAUAUUGGUUCUGUACUCGACCCUGAUGGUUUAGAUAUAUAUUUUCUUAAUCGUCCUCCAAUAUUUCAUGUUAAACAUGGAUCUCAACUUCAAUCUGCAUUUAUUAAUCCACCAAAUGGUUUAACACCCAUAACAAGUGUACUCCGUCGAAUACUUAAAGAUAAACAGAAUGAAAUACAAGAACGUAAACUCUUGAUUAUUAUUGCUACUGAUGGACAACCAACGGACGAUUACGGUACGACUGAUAUUGAGGCAUUAGAACGUGUUCUGAAAAAUGAACGAAAACCACCUGAACGAGUUUUAGUAACUUUUUGUGCAUGUACUGAUGAUGAUCAAGCUGUUGGAUAUUUAAAUAAAUGGGAUGAAAAAAUUCCCAACGUUGAUGUAUGCGAUGAUUAUCGAUCAGAACGAGAGCAAAUCUGGCAGGUUCAAGGACGACAGUUUCCUUUUUCAUUUGGAGAUUAUGUAGUAAAAAUAUUAUUAGGUUCAGUUGAUCCAUAUUUUGAUAAUCUUGAUCAGAAACAAGUUGGUGCGAAGAAUAAUUUGAAUUGUUGUUCUUUAAUGUGA